AUGGCCGUAGCUGCAAAAGGCAAAAAAUCGAAGUCAUCAAGAAGAGUGACCAAGGCGAAUCCGGCCAGUGCAAUCCAAGCGAAGAGUGGCAGUGAUGCCGCCGAAGGGGAUUCAUCAGACUCGGAAGAGACGAGUCCCGAAGAUCAAGCAGCCGGGCAAGGCAAGGAUAAAGCUAAAGAUGCAAAAAAUAAGGACGCUAAAGAUAAGCUGUUAAAGAAAUCAGAAUCAAAAGACGAUGGAAAACUGGGUUUAAAAUCUCAAAAUGGUGACUACGUUAAAGCUAGACUCAAGAUCACCCCAGAACAGUUAAAAAAGCUGAAUGAGAUUGAGAGAGAUAAAAAAAUUAAGAACGUUCGCUAUCCAACCAGUAACUUGCGGUGGUUUUGUUUAUUUUUUCUGCGGCUUUUGAUGUGCUUAGCGGACAUAGCAAUGAUUAUUGUCCUUUUCUCGCUUCCGGGAUUUGGAGAAAAGUUUCUACACGUCCUACCAGCUUACGGUAACAGCCAAAUGUGCGUUCUUGUAGCUAUUUUUUCAGUUUCCGCUGCCACAAACCUGAAAGGAGCUUUUGUGGUUUAUUAUUUUAAAACUUUUGUGGUCUGGGCACAGAAGUGCAUCGUCAUCAAAUGCCACGUCCUCUGGCUCGCGUACAUGCUCUUUAUGCACGUCAUGGGGUUCGUUGUCUAUUCUGUGGCCAUUCUGAACCUGGCAAAUGUUUUUGUGCCCAAAGACUUGCGCAUGAUCCUGCACAGCUACAACAGCAGCGAAGACAUCCACUACUUCGUCGACCACCUCCAAAGUGGCUACAGCUGCUGCGGGAUUCACGGGCCAGCGGAUUGGCGCAUGAAAGGCGACACCAAAGCCACCAUCAGCCUACCACAAAGCUGCUGCAGCGCUCCCAAGUGCCGCUAUGGAAUUCUGGAUCACGCGGAGAACAAAACACUGCAUGGAAAGGGAUGCUACAUAGCGGUAAUGGAAGGGAUCGAAUACGAGUUAAAAAUAAAAGCCUGUUUAUUCGGCAUCAUAGCCAUCCUACAAAUAUCGCUACUUUUCUUAACUGUCUUCUCGUUACCGAACUUCAAAAUGCUGAAAAAGUUUUUCUUCCUCCAUAAUCUUUUCAGCAAUGACGACCCUACCAUAGAUUUCAGAGCCCUGCCAAGAGCAAAAGAAAUCGAAACAGCACCCUCUUCUGACAUGAAUCUCCGCCACGGAGACGAGAACAACGCAAAUAAUUAUGUAGAUGCCGGAACUGAGAUUACCGGUGACACUAUUCAGUCGAACUUUCACUGUAACAUCACCGUGAAUGACGACCGUUCGACGGAAAGUGAGCGGACGAGGUGCGACGAAAGGACAAACCUGAUUGGACGCAUUUGCAAAGAGAAAUACAAAUCAAACAACGCUAUUGUAGAUGACGAAGACGACGACGACGACGAUGAUGGUGAUGAUGAGGAUAAGAUGGAACUGACGGAUGAAGACUACAAACUGUUUGAAAACUAUAUGAUUGAAGAGUACUCCAAGAAAAAAUCGUUAAUCAACUCAUGGCUAAGCGACAACAAAUAUUACCUGACCUACAACUCCAACGACAACUGCAACAAGACUAGUACAGUUAAGAAUAAUGCCCAAGAUCUACAUUCUACGAAAAGUUCACCUAGUGACGAGAAAUUAAAUGAUCUAAGAUCAGAACACGCCGAUGUAAUCAGAGAAAGGCCAGUAAGAAAUAGAAGAAAUUGA